UCUAUUGUCUCUGGUAUCCGCUAUCCGUAAUCCGCUAUCCGCUAUUCGGUCGGAGCCAGAAUAAACGGGAACGGACACGGGAAUAAUCACGGAAAACGGCACAACAACAACAAAAAACCAAUCAAGUUUUGCAAAUAAAAAAUAAUAAACAAAUAAAGCAAAAGCAGCAGCUGCACACAUUCAAAUAAAAGAGAAAGAGCCAACACAGUAAACGAUAGUGGAUUGCGAUUGCGGAAUUAUGAAAGAAUUGGGUGAAUAAAAGGAAGACCAGUAAAAACCAACUCUUAAGAGCCAACGAAAGAGCGAGGCAAUCACCUGAAAGAAAGAGAGGAAGAGCGAGAGAUAGUUAGAAAGAGUAAACUUACACUGAGCAAAGCGGUGCAGAAACAUGAACAGCGAUGAGGUGCAAGUGAUCAAAAAGACCUGGGAGAUACCCGUGGCAACACCCACAGAUUCGGGUGCAGCUAUACUGCAGGAGUUCUUCAACCGUUUUCCGUCCAAUUUGGAGAAAUUUUCCUUCCGCGAUGUGCCAUUGGAGGAUCUAAGUGGAAAUUCACGUUUUCGGGCCCAUGCUGGCCGGAUUAUACGAGUCUUUGACGAUUCCAUCCGGGUACUGGGCCAGGAGGGGGAUGUGGAGAAGCUGGAAGAGAUCUGGACCAAGAUAGCCGUCAGUCAUAUACCCCGUACCAUUUCCAAGGAGUCGUACAAUCAACUGAAAGGCAUAAUUCUGGAAGUGCUUACCGCCGCCUGCAGUCUGGACGAGGGCCAAGCGGCCACGUGGGCCAAGCUGGUCGAUCAUAUCUAUGGCAUUAUCUUCAAGGCGAUCGAUGAUGAUGGCAAUGCCAUCCAGUAGACGACGACAGUGGUUGCAGCAGAUGGUGGCACGCGGCACCUGCCUCACACACACACACACGCACACACACACAUGCACAGCUUAUGUAGUUCUAAGUAAAUGAUAAUUGUUAGAUAUUCUCAUUUUGUAUUCAUGAUUGCGAAUGUAUGUCCGAAACUAAAUACACUUUGAAUACUUAUAAAUGUCUGCGUAGAAUCACACACACGAGAACACUCACGAAUACACUCAAAACACUCACUUACAUUGCUCUGUAAAGCUUUAACCCAUUCAGUCAGCCUUAAGCGCUUGAUCACAAGAGAUAUUAUAAUUAAAUAAACGUAUGAACAACACGGA